GUUAUACUUCAUGGAUGCAGCAGCGCCAUGUGGCAGAAGCAACAACAGAAACCGCUGCUAGCAGCGACGCUCUUUGGCAUUUGCUCGAUGCUGGCCAGCAUACAGCCAACUCUCUCUAGUUCCACCAGCAACCUGCCACUGCCACUGCCACUGCCACCGCCACCGCCGACGCAGAAUGUAACAAUGCCGAUGGAGGAGGAAGUGCGGCUGCUGCGACUGGAGAACGAUGACGAGGCACUGAGUGACAGAGCCAAGGAGCUUAAUAAGCAGGCAGCCGGAGAUGCGGGACAGCAGGAGGUCAUUGAGGAUCUGAAUUACGGCAGCGAGGUGCAGGUGGAGCUGGAGAAGGACUCUGCCGCAGACUCCACCACCACGGCAAUCACUGAAAGGCCUUCGGAGUUCGUGGGAGUGCCGGGAUUUCUGCCCACCGUUCUGCCACCGUCCACGCCGACUAAUGGACACGGCUACAUCCAGUUCGAGAUGAACGAGGAGAUGCCAGUGGAGGCUGUGCGCCGCCGGAGACCCAUCGAGCAGACUGUGACCCAAUCCCGAACGGAGACGGUCAACGAGGUGCUGUCCAAUCUGUUCCCGAACGGCUUCUCGGACAUCUUCCGCUUCAGCGGCAGGGUCCCAGGCACAGGCACAGACACAGACACAGAGCCAGCGACCACCACUGCCCCCACAGCCAACACUGCCACCGACAAAGCAGUGGUGCGGCCCACAGUUGAUGCCACAGCCAUAACCACAGAGGCCACAGUCACAGAGCCCGCCAGGGCAGAGGAGAAGCCGCGGCACGAAACGUACUUCAGCUACCAGACGACAGUCACCAAGGAGUACCGCCGGGAGCUGCGUCCAGGCCACACCGAGAUCGUGGUGGAGAAGAUCACCAGAAGUGAGCCGUCGUCGGGGGACGGGCACCCUUUCCGCGAUGGCAGCAACCACAUCUCGCGGGACGAGCUGCUGCGCAUCAACCGGGCAGCGGUGGAGGCCCCCGUGCUGCCCAGCCUCCUGCUCCGCCCAGAGAGCGAUGACAACGAGACGCUGGUGGCGGCCGAGAGUGCACCCAUCGUCAUUCUCGGAGAGCACGAGACGGAGCUGGAGGAGGGCCAGGAGUUUGAGGACAACCAAAUAGCAGAGAGCCGCCACGCGGGCAGAAGUUAUUACCAGCAGCGGCUGCCACCGCCAGCACCGAACAGCAUCGAGAGCUACGCGAAUCGAAAGGGGCCCGGGCAGGAGCAGGAGAUCAAUGUGCACAUCGUGCACGACGAUACCCUGGCCAAGGCACAAGAGGGAGCGGAAAAGCUGCAGCAGCAGUCCCUCGAUCAUUACCAGGUACGCGGCGAGCAGAGCGCACAGGAGGCGCCGUCGCGACAGUUCCUCAAGAGCUUCAAGCCAAUCGUAUCGGGCAGCGGCGAUGGCCCCAUAGCCAAGGGAACCUUCCACUACGAGGCCAGCCAGCCUCCCCAGUUGCCGUUGUCGCGGCCACGCCAGGAGGCCGACUUUGCCAAUAUUUUUGUGCGGCCUGCUGCCCCGUUGUCCUACCAACAGGAGCUCAGUCAUGGCAUCCCACAGUCCUCCCAGCAGCACCAGCAGCACCAGCAGGAGCUGCACACCCAGGCCAUACCCUCGCCAGCUCAGUCCCCACCAGAGGUGCAGCAGCAUUACUCGGACUACGCCGGACCCACGCCCAACAGUCUGGUUUUUGUGACACUCAACACUCCUCCUCCUCCUCCUCCGCCUCCGCAGAUCGCAGCCUCGCCAGCGCCUGCUCAUGCGUCGGCGCAGGAGGCUGCAGUUCAGAUCACGGUCCAUCAUCCAGCGCCACACGAGUACGAGGCGGCGGCUGAGCCCUCCCAGCAGCACAUCCAGCACGCCCCGCACCCCGCGAGCCAGCCGAAUGGCUACACCUUCGUGGAGGUGCAAAAGUCCGUCAACAUCCACAACAAGCUGAUCACGGAGAAGGACGGAAGACUCGUCGAGCAGCACGAGACCAUCUACCACCAGCCAUCGCCUGCUGCGGCGACAGGGAAGAGCUAUCCGUCGCUGACCACGAACCCCAUCCACGUGGAGCAGGCGGAGCGCGAGAGCUCGCCGCCAGAGGUGGCCUUCGCACACGCUGCCAUCAACCUGGAAACGCGCCAGCAGGAGACACCAAGAGACAUCCAUGCGGAGCAGCACUUCGAGACGAUUCACCCAGAGCCCCCCCACUAUCAUCAGCAUUAUCAUCAGCAGCAGACUGUGCCGCAGGUGGCUGUUGUGGAGAAGGUUGUGCCGCAGCCGUAUGUGGUGGAGAAGCAUGUCGAUCGGCCCGUCAAGCAGUUCGUGGAGAAGCACAUUCCCGUGCCGUAUGCCGUGCACCAGCCGGUGCCAGUGCCCGUGCAUGUGGAGCACUACGUGGAUCGGCCCUAUCCGGUGACGACCUACGUGGAGCGCCCGGUGCCCUAUCCCGUGGAGACUGUGGUGGAGAAGAUCGUGGAGAAGCACGUGCCCGUGGAGGUGGAGCGCAUCGUGGAGCGUCCCGUCGAGGUGGAGAAGAUCGUGGAGAAGUUCGUCGAUCGCCCAAUGGCCAUACCCAUCCACGUGCCCGUCGCCAUCCACAUGCCCAUGCCGCCGACCCACUCCGGGCACUCUUUCGGCCACCAUCCCAAUGCCCUGCAGCCCCCCUGGGCGCACACAGUGGCCGCCCACAUUCCGCCCAAAGUUCUCCAGAACUACUACACGCGAAUGCUGAAGAAGCUUCUGCCGCAGAUUACCCAAUCCCAGUCCCAGUCCCAGUCCAAGCCAGCCAAGACUCCUGGCAAGUCUCCGGUGAAGCCUCCGGUGAAGCCAGUGCGAGGCGAGGCCCCGCCAGUGGCGACCUUCAGCCUGGCGGACAUGCGCUUCGAUCUGCGUCCCCCGCCACCGCCACCGCCUCAGGGCUCGGCCUGGCUGCAGGGCGCCCGCUACAUCUACAACACUCUGCCGGCAGAUCUGGCCACUGCCGGCGCCUCGGCACCCGCCCAGAUGGUCAAGUCGUACAUUGGACCCGUUCCGGGAUCGGCAAACUCCGCAUCCGAUGGAUCGACGGGCAGCGAGUUCGACGAGUUCCAGCGCUGGCGGAAUGGCCACUCGCUCAAGCGGAGUCCCGACUUUGGGCGCAAUCUGCAACUGGAGUACGGCUUCAAGCCGCCCCUGGUGCCGUCCAUGGAGAUAGACGACAAGGGGAAUCCGCUCAAGCAGCAGGAGCCAGAGACGCGGUGAGCAGGCAGGCAGCCAGGCAGCCAGCCAGUCAGGCGGAGGAAAUGUGAGAAAACGU